AUGGUUGAUAAAGACCAGGUUGAAAUCAAUCCUAUCCGUAAGGUGUUCAACGAGUCAGAUGUUCUCCUUUGUUGGUACCAUGUAACCCAAGCAGUAACACGUUGGCUGUCAAGAUCUGAAUCUGGUGUGAGUGGACUUGAAAAGGCAGAUUCGAGAGCGCACAUUAUGCAGUUAAUGUCGGAGCUGAAAUCCUGUUCCACGGAACAUGAAUUCAAGAAAAAAGCUGAGAUGUUUCAUUGCCAGUUUAAGAACUUAAAAGAUGUCUGCAAGUACUUUAGGAACCACUGGGAGCCAAUUGGUCCUCUGUGGUCUAACUUCGGAAGAUGUUAUAAGCAUGGAGACUCUGAAACAAACAAUCUAAUAGAACGCUUCUUCCACCGUUUAAAAUACCAAUUCCUCUGUGGCAUCCGGAAUCGUAGAUUGGAUCAUUUGAUUGAUGUGCUAUUGAACAAGACUGAUAAGUACUUCAACAUAAUACAGGAUUUGCAGUCUGCUGGGAGAGUCUUUAACCCUCUGGAAUGUAAAAUGGAAGAAAUAAAGAAGUCUGCUCAGAGGAUGCUAGACAACGUUCUGCAGUUGUCUUGCUGGUACAAGGGGACGUACAUGUAA